CACACACGCACACACGCGCACACGCGCACACACACACAAAACCCCUAAAACCCCUCGGGCCAGCCCAGGGCCAGAAAGAAGAGGCCAGCCUGGGUCUAAAGGUCCGAGGCCAGGGCUCUGAUCCCCACGGAUUUCUUGAUUGCAUGAAGAGCUGACCAUCUCGACAUAAAAAUAAGGGUUGAAAAGAGAAAAAUAAAGAAAGAAAAGAAAGGAAGAAAAUAUACCCACCCCCAAGAGUGCCUCCCAGCGCCGCAGGGAGCCUCUAGCGAGUUGAGCCUCAGCAGCGCUCUUCCCGCCCGCAGCCGGGCUGGACGCUCUCCGUGGUGCUGAACCUGCACGGCCGCCUGCGCCUGGCUGCAAUUCUCCCCGGCUCUGCCACCUCCUCCCUCUACUCCCCAGCUCCCUUGAACAUCUGGAUUAUUUUUUCCCCAUUGGCGCUCUCUGGUUUCGUAGGUGCCCAUCGGAAACAUUUUGCACCCCCACAACUCGUGGACUUUACAGCACAAGAAUCUGGAAAAUGUACAGCUUCAACACUCUGCGAUUCUACCUUUGGGAGACCAUUGUAUUCUUCAGCCUUGCUGCUUCCAAGGAGGCUGAUGCUGCCCGCUCUGCACCCAAGCCUAUGUCGCCCUCGGACUUCCUGGAUAAGCUAAUGGGGAGGACUUCUGGGUAUGAUGCCAGGAUCAGGCCCAACUUUAAAGGUCCCCCUGUGAACGUGAGUUGCAACAUCUUCAUCAACAGCUUCGGCUCCAUUGCUGAGACAACCAUGGACUACAGGGUCAACAUCUUCCUGAGGCAGCAGUGGAAUGACCCCCGUCUGGCCUACAAUGAAUACCCUGACGACUCUCUGGACCUUGACCCGUCCAUGUUGGAUUCCAUCUGGAAGCCUGACUUGUUCUUUGCCAAUGAGAAGGGAGCCCACUUCCAUGAGAUUACCACUGACAACAAACUGCUGAGAAUCUCCAGAAAUGGCAAUGUCCUCUACAGCAUCAGGAUCACCCUGACGCUGGCCUGCCCAAUGGACCUGAAGAACUUCCCGAUGGAUGUACAGACAUGUAUCAUGCAACUGGAAAGCUUUGGAUACACCAUGAAUGACCUCAUCUUUGAGUGGCAGGAGCAGGGAGCUGUGCAGGUGGCAGAUGGACUGACCCUGCCUCAGUUUAUCCUGAAAGAGGAGAAGGACCUGAGAUACUGCACCAAGCAUUAUAACACAGGUAAAUUCACCUGCAUUGAGGCCCGAUUCCACCUGGAGCGGCAGAUGGGCUACUACCUGAUCCAGAUGUACAUCCCCAGUCUGCUCAUCGUCAUCCUGUCCUGGAUCUCCUUCUGGAUCAACAUGGAUGCUGCACCAGCUCGCGUGGGACUGGGCAUCACCACUGUGCUCACCAUGACCACACAGAGUUCUGGCUCCCGAGCCUCCCUACCCAAGGUGUCCUAUGUGAAAGCCAUUGACAUUUGGAUGGCUGUGUGCCUGCUCUUCGUGUUCUCGGCUCUACUGGAAUAUGCGGCCGUGAACUUCGUGUCUCGGCAACACAAGGAGCUGCUGCGAUUUAGGAGGAAGCGACGACAUCACAAGAGCCCCAUGCUGAAUCUGUUUCAGGAUGAUGAGGGUGGAGAAGGCCGCUUCAACUUCUCUGCCUAUGGGAUGGGCCCAGCCUGUCUGCAGGCCAAGGAUGGCAUCUCUGUCAAGGGCGCCAACAACAACAACACCACCAACCCCCCUCCUGCACCGUCCAAGUCCCCGGAGGAGAUGCGGAAACUCUUCAUCCAGAGAGCCAAGAAGAUUGACAAGAUCUCGCGCAUUGGGUUCCCCAUGGCCUUCCUAAUCUUUAACAUGUUCUACUGGAUCAUCUACAAGAUCGUCCGAAGGGAGGAUGUCCACAACAAGUGAAGGCUCUGGGGUGGGGUGGGGGGCUGGGAGAGGGUGGUGGGAGGAGCACCGAGGCUGGGAGCCAGGGGAGGAGGGAGAGAGGGAGAGCGCACACCCAUCUCCCUCCACCAAGUGCAAUAGAGACCACAGAGGUGGAUACUUCCAGGGUAUGGCAAUAUUCAUCUAGCCUCUGAGGGCAUGAGGUGGGGGAAGCCUUUUCAAAUACAGCAACUGAGGACCAUGGGGGGUAGGGUGGGGAUGAGGGAGGGGGAUUAGGGAAUCACAGCUUUCAAAAUUCAAGUCCAUUGGUUUGAUGGGGGGGGGGUCUCCUGUUUGGAGGUCAGUGCUGCCUGCCCCAGAGCAGGAAAGCAGUGUAAUAUAUGACAUAUAACCAUGCUUAACGUUAAUGCAAAACCCACAAGAACAAAAGAUGCGUCUCUUAAAUCAGCCUAGUAACUGCUUAAACUUUUAAAGUCCCCAAAGUGAUGGACAACUUUUCCCAGAGUAGAAAUGGUCACUAAUAAGCUUGCUGUGGUAUGUGCUCACAUCACACUCUUACAAUUGCCAUGUCUAUCUUCAAACUGACCCUCAUGGACACAUGCCAAAAAGCCAUUCCGCCUCUGCUUCAAGAGGGUCACAUGACAUAGGCAUGGGUCAUGGAGAUGGAUAAAGGUGGACCAACAGCGGGAAGUGACUGAGGAGAAGGACCAUUGCAGAAGCGUGGGGAUGGAGAAUUCAGGAACCCCUACAGGGCACCAAGCUUGCUCCUCUUGCUACUGCGCUUCAGUGCCAGCCCAGCUCAGUGCCAGCUCUAUGGCCGCCAUGGUCUUCUCGUUGUAUUACCAAUAUGCAAUCUUUUUUAUUGUUUAAAAAAAAGUAAUAAUCGCAAGAAACAAUAUGGGAAGAGACUGAGUGUAAACCCAUGAACUUUUUCCCAAAAGUCUAUUUUUUUGGAGAGUCUCUUUGGAACUGCAAGUAGGUGCAUUAUGGGAAAGGUGGGCCUGGCUGAAACAGGUCCCAAAUGCCAGGUGGGAAUCAAGUUUGAAGAUGUGAAAGGGAAGCCACUGAUGAUGAUGCUGCUGCUGCUGCCCAUUCUGUUUACAGGUGGCAAGAGACAAUGAUAUUUAGAAAGCCCACUCAUUAUAUUUUGACAUUUCAUAUAUCAUAACAUGGGAAGCUUGGGGGAAUGACCCCAUUAUAUUUUUAUAAGUCUUUUUUUUUUUUUAAGAUGCUUUGCACAGCUUUAACAUGUAGGAAAGUUAGACAAAUAUUUCUCUUUCCUUCUAACAAUGAAGUGCCAGAAGGGUCCCAGACUAGCCAGGGCACUCCAGGGAAAGCAACAGGGACUGAGCUGAACUGAGUUGGAAGAAGGAGCCCUGCUGACAGGGCUGGAUAUGCACAGAACCACCCUACCCAUGGCACAAAGCCUGUCCCAGGCCUGCGGGCCGGUGGCUAGGGCACAGGCGUGGCACUUCUGUCCUAGCACUUUACUGUCUUGGCCUUGGGUCAGAGUUAGAGGUAGGAUGGAGAUCGAUCGCUGACAAUCAGUUGGGAGCUUUGUAUCCUUCAAGCUAGGGAGCUCAGGGGCAGGAUGGAGAUGCGGAAUGAUGAGAUGAUGCCCCCCCCCCCCCCCCCCCCCCCGCCAUGCACUUUCCCUGGGGAGCUUUCCGCUCUUCCCUGUGGCAUUGAAGCUAAUGCCUAGAUGGAUCUAAAACAGAGGAAGCCAAGAAAAGACCAUGAGUUCUGAGUAAAGAUGCACUGUGCAGCCAGAGGGAUGAGACUGAACUGCUGGUCUCCCACCAGGUUCAAGGUCAACCAGCCCGUGCCUUCCCUCCUCUUGGACUGUUUGAUCCAAAAAGACAAUCUACACUUCGGCUCUGGGUGAGGGGGCACAGGACCUUUGUUUAUGGGAAAAUUUGAGCAGUGGGAGCCCUGAGAGUGGGUGACUCUCAUCUAAGGUUUGUCCUUUCCCACCAGAAAAAUGUUCAAGCGGGGGAAAAGUGAAGAUGGCUUUGAACAGGCAGAGUUCAGGAUGAAGACGCCAGUGUGUGGAGCUGUGAGCAUCUUCCUCUACACAAGAGGAGGAAUCUCGUCACUCCAGGGCUGUGCAUCUUAGUCCUUUCCAGUGGUACUUUAUCCCCUUUAUUUAGGUAACAGAUAUUUGUAAUAGGAAAUAACAAAUGGAGCCCUCUCCUUACUGUGCUCAGACCGACUCAAGACCAGGUCAACCGGGUGACCACAGGAGGCACCAGGACACAUCAGAAUCUGUGCUGAACACAGAACUACCCAGCACCUUCCAAAAUGGUCCCCAUGGGAAGCAUAUGAAAUCACCCUAAGACAGAGAAAUCAUUGAACCAUUUGCCCAGUCUCAACUGGGCUCCUAGGUCCCUGUGUCAUCAUUUUGGAAUGGUCCAUUGUGAGCUGUCUGGCCCAGGUGGCCAAUUCAGCAAGCAAUGGGCUCACAUCUUUGAGACAUACUGGGUAAUGUCACUGAAACCCUUCAGACUAUAAGCAAAGAGACAAUCUGAAUCAAGCCUGCGGUUAAUACAGAAUGCUCUUGAGUGAAUGUCCAAGCUUUGGUCUCUCUGAAUGCACUGUGGAGAAAAUGGGAUAGUAUCUGAACUCUCCCUGGUUCUACCUGCUAUGAAUCUGUGUUUACACUGAGGAUCUUUGCACAACUUAAAGCUUACCAUCAUUUUGGUUUCUCAGGGCUCCAUGCAAGCAUGUAGAUUUAUGCACAGUUGCACUGACCUACACAAUUCCUGUUGCUUCUCUUCUUCAGAAAAUUCCAAAUUUGCUUUUCCACUUGUACCACUUUUAAUCAAAACUCAAGGAAGGAAAGAAAGAAGGAAGGAAGGAAGGAAGGAAGGAAGGAAGGAAGGAAGAAAGGAAGGAAGGAAGGAAAUUUGAACUAGAUAACUUAGGCCCAAGCUUUCAGGUGACCCCAAUGAACAGGGGAAGGCUUUCCCAAUUUGCCCUUUAGGCUGAGCACAAAGGGCCCUAUGCCCUGGGAUUACAGGUAUAAAAUGGAUGUUUCAGUAUGUGGAAAUCUGAUGUCCGUGCAGAGAAUACCUUACCGGUUUUGAAGCUCUUCUUCAGUACAGACUGGUUUUCGUGCAUAGUGUGAAACUUGGAAAGGGGCAUGGAGGAGCAGAUGACUUCAAUUCACCUCCAAAGCUGCAGCUUAUCCUAGGAGCCAGGUGGGGACACCAACUGCUUCUUACCCUGUUAGCUCCAGGGAUCCUACAGGUUUCAGAAAUAAAUGACUCCACUCUGCCCUCUGCUGGAAUUUCCUAGCACCUGCAAGACCCUUCAUGGCAAAGGCUUCCCUAGAAAGUGUGUGUGUGUGUGUGUGUGUGUGUGUGUGUGUGU